AUGGCCUCCAAGAACGCGACGUACCCGCACGAGAUAUCAGCCAUGCGCCUGUCCCUCCUCCUCCUCGUGGCCGCCGCCCUCUCGGCCGGCGUGGCGGCGCAGAUGCCGCCGUUCUUGGGCGGCCAGGGUCCACCGGUCGUGCCCGGCGGGCAGGCGCAGCCGGUCGUGGGCGGCCCGCUGUCGCCGGAGUUCUACAGCCAGUCGUGCCCGCGCGCGGAGCGGAUCAUCGCGGAGGUGGUCCAGUCGAAGCAGAUGGCGAACCCGACGACGGCGGCGGGCGUGCUCCGCGUCUUCUUCCACGACUGCUUCGUGAGCGGGUGCGACGCGUCGGUGCUGAUCGCAUCCAACCAGUUCGCCAAGUCGGAGCACGACGCGGAGAUCAACCACUCCCUCCCCGGCGACGCCUUCGACGCCGUGGUGCGCGCCAAGCUGGCCCUGGAGCUGGAGUGCCCCGGCGUGGUGUCCUGCGCCGACAUCCUGGCGCUGGCGUCGCGCAUACUGGUGACCAUGACCGGCGGGCCCCGGUACCCCAUCUCGCUGGGGCGCAGGGACUCGCUGUCCUCGUCGCCCACGGCGCCCGACGUGGAGCUCCCGCACGCCAACUACACCGUGGACCGCCUGAUCCAGAUGUUCGGCGCCAAGGGGUUCACGGUGCAGGAGCUGGUGGCGCUGUCCGGCGCCCACACGCUGGGCUUCUCCCACUGCAAGGAGUUCGCCGACCGGCUCUACAACUUCCGCGACAAGGGCGGCAAGCCGGAGGACUUCGACCCGAGCAUGAACCCGUCCUACGCCAAGGGGCUCCAGGCCGUGUGCAGGGACUACCUCAAGGACCCCACCAUCGCGGCGUUCAACGACAUCAUGACGCCCGGCAAGUUCGACAACAUGUACUUCGUCAACCUGGAGCGCGGCCUCGGCCUGCUCAGCACCGACGAGGAGCUCUUCACGGACCCGCGCACUAAGCCGCUCGUGCAGCGCUACGCCGCCAACUCCACCGCCUUCUUCGACGACUUCGGCCGCGCCAUGGAGAAGCUCAGCUUGUUCGGCGUCAAGACCGGCGCGGACGGCGAGGUCAGGCGGCGCUGCGACGCCUACAACAACGGCCCAAUGCCCAAGUGA